AUGGGUUGCGUUUUCGGCCGCCAUUGUGACCCCGGAGUGCCGGACUCCUCCGUACGCUACAGAUGGCACGUCGACGCAUUCAUUCUCGAUGAUGGAACAAACUCAGAAAUUCGUCGAGGUGGAAUUGUUUAUGUCGCCGAUGAAGCUAUCGUCUACCGUCCAAGACGUUUUGACUGUUCCAAACGUGGAGGAUCAUAUACUGCCGAGAUUCUGAACGUCCAGAAGACAAGUAAAGGAAAAACAUACACACCAGAUAACCAUCGCACGAUCAAACGCAACAUUAUCUGGAUUGAGGUUAUGGAAGGAGAAAUCGCACAAACUCUAGGAUUGGUCACUGUUGGAGAUGUCCACAAGAUCUACGACGACAUCUGCGACAUAAUCAACAAACACCGAGAAAGACCAAAAAUUGUGCAAUACAACUCGAUUGACAUCGACGGUGUGGAAAUCGACCCAGUCUAA